UAUCGAUGGAUGAAUAAAUAAAAAACUCUGCAGCUUUUUAUCCCUUAAUGAAAUAAACCUGCAGGUGAGUUAAGAUGAUUCACGAGCUGCUGCUCGCGCUGAGCGGAUAUCCGGGGACGAUUUUCACCUGGAAUAAAAGGACUGGUUUACAGGUUUCCCAGGAUCUGCCCUUCCUUCACCCCAGUGAGACCAGCGUCCUCAACCGACUCUGUAAACUGGGCUCGGACUACAUACGCUUCACAGAGUUCAUAGAGCAACACACCGGCCAUGUGCAUCAACAAGAGCAUCACACGAACCAGCCCGUCCCGACUGGCCUUCAUGGGAUUUACUUGCGGGCGUUCUGCACCGGACUCGACUCGAUCCUGCAGCCGUACAGACAAGCUCUGCUGGACCUGGAACACGAGUUCCUCGGAGAUCCACAUCUGACGAUAUCACACGUGAACUAUAAACUCGAUCAGUUCCAGUUGCUGUUUCCCUCUGUGAUGGUCGUGGUAGAGACUAUAAAGUCACAGAAGAUCCACGGUUGUCAGAUCCUGGAGACGGUUUAUAAGCACAGCUGUGGCGGACUUCCUCCUGUACGCAUGGCUUUAGAGAAGAUCCUGGCCGUGUGCCACGGUGUGAUGUACAAGCAGCUGGCGGCUUGGAUGCUUCACGGACUGCUGCUGGACCAGAGCGAGGAGUUUUUCAUCAAGCAGGGUCCGAGCGCGGGAGGAGCCGCCGCCAACCAGGAGGAAGACGAGGAAGACCUGGGGCUCGGAGGCUUGAGCGGGAAACAGCUCAGAGAACUGCAGGACCUGCGUCUGAUCGAGGAGGAGAACAUGCUGGCUCCGUCUCUGCAGCAGUUCUCCCUGCGGACGGAGAUGCUUCCUUCUUACAUUCCCGUCAGAGUGGCCGAGAAGAUCCUGUUUGUGGGAGAAUCCGUCCAGAUGUUUGAAAACCACAACCACAGCCCGUCCAGAGCUCGCUCCAUACUGAAGCACCAGGAGGACUCGUUUGCCUCGGAGCUGCACAGACUCAAGCAGCAGCCUCUCUUCAGUCUGGUGGAUUUUGAGAACAUGAUCGAUCGUAUCAGGAGCACGGUGGCGGAGCAUCUGUGGACGUUGAUGGUGGAGGAGUCAGAUCUGCUGGAGCAGCUCAAGAUCAUUAAGGACUUCUACCUGCUGGGUCGUGGAGAGCUCUACCAGGUUUUUAUUGACCUCGCUCAGCACAUGUUGAAAGCUCCGCCGACAGCCGUCACUGAACACGAUGUGAAUGUGGCGUUCCAGCAGGCGGCUCAUAAAGUGUUACUGGACGAUGAUAACCUGCUUCCUCUGCUGCACCUCACCGUCGACUACCAGGGCAAAGACAGCAAAGAGACGACGGGCGCUAGAGACGGAGCCACUCCUCCACAAGACACUUCCCCUCGUGAGAUCCCUCCUACCGGCUGGGCGGCUCUCGGACUCACCUACAAAGUUCAAUGGCCGCUGCACAUCCUCUUCACCCCCGCUGUCCUGGAGAAGUACAACGUUGUGUUCAGGUACCUGCUGAGCGUUCGGAGAGUGCAGUCACAGCUGCAGCACUGCUGGGCUUUACAGAUGCAGAGGAAACACCUGAAGUCCAGCCAGACCGACGCAGUGAAGUGGAGACUACGCAACCACAUGGCUUUCCUCAUCGACAACCUGCAGUAUUACUUACAGGUCGACGUUCUGGAGUCUCAGUUCUCUCAGCUGCUCCAACUCAUCAACUCCACCAGAGACUUCGAGAGCAUCCGACUGGCUCACGAUCACUUCCUCAGCAACCUGCUCGCUCAGUCCUUCAUCCUCCUGAAGCCGGUCUUCCACUGUCUGAACGAGAUCCUGGAGCUGUGUCUGAACUUCUGCUCGCUGGUCAGUCAGAGCGUAGCGACGCUGGACGACCGAGGAACCGCUCAGCUGGACCUCCUGGUUAAGGGCUUCAGGCGUCAGUCCUCGUUACUGUUUAAAAUCCUGUCGAGCGUCAGAAACCAUCAGAUCAACUCGGAUCUGGCUCAGCUGUUACUGAGACUGGACUACAACAAGUAUUACACUCAGGCAGGAGGAACGCUGGGCAGCGUUUGAGUCGAACAGGAAGGAUCCAGGUGUGAAGAUGAAUCCGUCUACGCUGAACCCCCGACUCUCCCGUCUGGUCUCAUCCUUCACCUUUUUUUUUUGGUAUUAAAACACCG